ACAUAUGUACCUAAUAUUGCAGGAUGAACACGUGAGAAGUAAGAAGAUUUGAAGCGGAAAAGAGGGAGGGAAAAGAGAGAAGGUCACACACACACAGACAGAGAGAGAGAGGCAAACAUGAGUGUUGAGCUGAAGCUGGGCAGGGCCUCUGUGGGUGUGACGUGCAACGAAGGGGGGGUCGCACGUACGAGGAGGCAACGCUGUGAUCCGUUCUCGCUUCGCGUGUUUGGCCUACCGGGGAGAGACGGUUCGGUAAAAGGACAGGCUUGGGAUGGCGAUGGUGGUUUUUUUGGCUAGGUAGGGAGGUAAGGUAGGUUUUCUUGGCGGUUGGAUUGCGGGCGUUGGUGGUUGGGAUGGUGAAGAUGGUGAGGGUGAAGAUGGUGAGGGUGAAGAUGGUGAGGGUGAAGAUGGUGAGGGUGAAGAUGGUGAGGGUGAAGAUGGUGAGGGUGAAGAUGGUGAGGGUGAAGAUGGUGAGGGUGAAGGUGGUGAUGGUGAAUGGUGGUUGUAUACUGUAUCUUACUUACAUGGAUGGGUUGGUUGCUCUAUGUACGGAUAAACUCUGACUGACCCCGUCGUAAAGAUGCAUUGACACCGAGAGUUCAUCGGGAUCUAGACGCCCAAGGCCUGCCAGUAGCCUCCAUUCGGAACUGCACGUAGCCUCUUUUUGCGCACCCGCAGCAUCCAUUGGCCGGAGCUGUAUCCUCCAUCUCUC